CUCUCCCUCUCUCUCUCUCUAUAUAUAUAUAUAUAUUCGUAUAUGUAUCGAUCUCCUUCUAUUUGAAUUUGUCUAUAGUAUUGAAUUUAGAGGGGUGGGAGAGAGGGAGUGAUCAGUUGCGGUUGGAUCUUCGUAAGGGCUGAAGAAAUGGCGGAGGACAAGUACAAUCGGAAGAAUCCAGCGGUGAAGAGGAUACUACAGGAGGUGAAGGAGAUGCAAUCGAACCCCUCCGAUGAUUUCAUGAGCCUCCCCCUCGAGAUGAUAUGGUUAACUUAUGAAGGAUUAGCCAUAGCACUGAUGACAAGAGAUGAUUCUGUUGGAAGGAUGACAACAAGUCAGAAGCUUGAAACGUUUAAGUUUUGUCAGGAGAAUAUAUUUGAAUGGCAAUUUGCAAUUAGGGGUCCCAGUGACACAGAGUUUGAGGGAGGUAUUUAUCACGGUCGAAUCCAAUUGCCUGCAGAAUACCCAUUCAAGCCCCCUUCAUUUAUGCUGUUGACGCCAAAUGGCCGUUUUGAGACGCAAACAAAGAUAUGCUUAAGCAUAUCAAAUCAUCAUCCUGAGCACUGGCAGCCAUCCUGGAGUGUUAGGACUGCUUUGACAGCACUCAUUGCUUUCAUGCCCACCAACCCAAAUGGUGCUUUGGGCUCGUUGGACUACAAAAAAGAAGAAAGGCGUGUUCUGGCGGUUAAAUCUCGUGAAUCGGCCCCAAGAUUUGGGAAUCCUGACCGUCAAAAGCUAAUUGAUGAGGGCCCAACUUCUCCUUCCGGUCAUUGA